AACGGUAAAGUCUACCAAAGUUAGUCCUAUCUGUUCGUAACAGAUUUUAGUUUUGGAAACAAAAACUGCAUUGAGAUCAAAUGUCUCAUCGAUUAGAACAUUAGCAAAAUGUCGGCCAAAAUCCAUCUCGCUCCAUCUUCUCCCACUGCCAGCCACUGGGCUUCCUCUCACCACCAUAUUUGGUAGUGAGUGGAAACGCCAACCGGAUGCUUCACAUUUAUUCCUCCAGUGAAAUAUCUAUGUCAUUGUUCUAUCUGUGGCUGGACUCUCUCAGAUCAAAUCUUAUCCAGGAUCUUACUGAAGUAAGAUUAGCCUACAUGAAUUUGAAUCCAGUUUUGAUAUUUAAAUAGACGUUUGAUUGCUCUGAUCUAGCUGUUUCGGUUGUAGACUUGAGACUGGAAUUGCCUGCGACAAUGGCAUAAUAGAUAUCUGAACGCUCUGACAAACAUCGUAACUAUAGCGUACACAUUUCUUGAAGAAACGUUGAAGAAAUAAUAGCGUCCACAAUGGAUCGGGACAGAGCUAGUCCCUCCACCAUGCCGGAGUCCCUGGGUCAUAACUCUCCCGGUAGCACCUUACUGCUGGGUCUGAAGAGGGUGUCUGUGAGGCUGGUCGACUGCAGGAAAACACCAGCGCAGAGUGGAACUGUGAGAGAAGGACACGAGGAGGGAGAUGGAGAUUUGAUUUCAUCAAGGGACACCCCUAACUGUCAUUCGCUCAGUGGGAGGGGCUUAUCAUCUGGGGAGCCUCAACAUCAUGUUGCUGACGAGGCAAAAAAGAGUCUCUACAGAUCAGAACAACUCAAGAAACCCCAGCAGAGAGGUUUAGGGAAGAAACCUCAUCACUGCUGCUCUGACUGUGGGAAGAGUUUCACUAGAAGGAGUGGCUUCAUUAUUCACCAGCGGAUUCACACCGGAGAGAAACCAUACUGCUGCUCUCAGUGUGGGAAGAGUUUCACCUGUCCAGGAGGUCUUAAGUUACACCAUAGAAUCCAUACAGGAGAGAAUCCGUACAGAUGUUCACAGUGUGGGAAGAGUUUCGCUGCUUCUAACACCUUAAAAUCUCAUCUGAGAAUGCAUACAGGGGAGAAGCCUUACCCCUGCCUUGAUUGUGGGAAAAGCUUUGCUAAUGCAGGAACCCUAACCAUACACAAGCGUGUACACACUGGAGAGAAGCCUUAUAGCUGUGAUCAGUGUGGAAAAAGCUUUUCUCUUUCAGAAAAUCUAACUAUACACCGGCGCAUACACACUGGAGAGAAACCUUAUGUCUGUUAUCAGUGUGGGAAGAGCUUCACUCAGUCAGGAGACCUGACUACACACCAGCGAACACACACUGGAGAGAAGCCUUAUAAAUGUGAUCAAUGUGGAAAGAGCUUUGCUCUCGCUUCGUCCCUGACUAGACACCAGCGAACACACACUGGAGAGAAGCCUUACAGCUGUGAUCAGUGUGGAAAGAGCUUUGCUCGAGCUUCCAACCGGUCUACACACCAGCGAACACACACUGGAGAGACACCUCACAGCUGUGAUCAGUGUGGUAAGAGUUUUAGUCAGUCAAGAGAUCUGAUUACACACCAGCGAACACACACUGGAAAGCGGCCUUAUAGUUGUGAUCAGUGUGGGAAGAGUUUUAGCCAAUCAGGGAACCUGAUUAGACACCAGCGAAUACACACUGGACAGAGGCUUUAUAGCUGUGAUCAGUGUGGGAAGAGUUUUAGUCAGUCAGGGAACCUGACUAGACACCAGCGAACACACACUGGACAGAACCCUUAUAUCUGUGUAUGUGGAAAGAUAUUUGUUAAUUUAGGGCCAAUGAAAAAACACCAGAAAGCACAAACAUGUCGUCUUUCAACUCCCUCCUAUCCGACACCGGUUCCAGAUCCCUAAAUAAAGGAUCAAUAGAAAACAUCUAGUGAACAGUCAUAUCCAUCUCUCAUUCUUAAACAGUUGACUUAGUCUGGUCACCAUGGUAACCUGUUUGGAACAUAGAUGCGGUAAAGAAGUCAAUCGAACUCGAGCAAAACAAUAGAAUUGCCAUGGAAAUGUGUGGGAGAAAAGGGCCAUGGGGGAAUAAUCUUGAAUCUCUUCAUUGCCCCCCAGCAAAAUUAGUCUACGUUUAGACUAUUGUUUAUAUGUGUAUGUCACACUAUAUUGAGGUACAAAUCAGAGUAUAACGCUUGUAUGUCAACCCCAACCAGCAAAUGUUAAUUUCAUAUUCACCAAUCAACUGCAUUACAGUUAAAAAUGAUUGACUACCACCACCGAUGUCUGUAUGCUAGCUAUGCUAACCAGCUUAUACUAACUGGAGUUAGCAUUUGGAAGUCACUUCUCAACUUUUAAAUGUUACCUGCGAAAACAGUCAAAUAUAUCCAAAUCGGACUUAAGUAACCACAUUGUGAGCCUGUUACAAUACAUAUAGUGCAUUCGGGAAGUAUUCAUACCCCUUGACUAUUUUCCACAUUUUGUUACGUUACAGCCUUAUUCUAAAAUAUAUUAAAUACCUUUCCCCCCCUCAAUCUACAUACAAUAACCAAUAAUGACAAAGGGAAAAGUUUAGGAAUUUUAGCAAAUGUAUAUAAAAAAAAAAGAGAUGCAUACCGGUACCUUAUUUACAUAAGUAUUCAGACCCGUUGCUAUGAGACUCAACAUUGAGCUCAGGUGCAUCCUGUUUCCAUUGAGAUAUUUCUACAACUUGAUUGGAGUCUACAUGUGGUAAAUUCAGUUGAUUGGACGUGAUUAGGAAGGGCACACAACGGUCUAUAUAAGGUCCCACAGUUGGCCGUUCAUGUCAGAGCAAAAACCAAGCCAUGAGGUUGAAGGAAUUGUCCGUAGAGCUCUGAGGCAGGAUUGUGUCAAGGCACAGAUCUGGGGGGGUACAUCCUGUAGAAAACACAAACAGCUCUGCACUGCUUUGCGAAGCGCAAGAAGUAUGAAUUCCCUGACUUCUACUGAGGUCGUAUCACCGUAAAUGCUACAUGGCCAAUGCAGAUGUCGGGUUGACCAUGCAGCGCCCAGAUGCACAAUGUGCUUCUCUGCAGAAUGCGCUCUCUCCUGCCAAUUUGUGCACUUUCAUUGUUUCAUAACUUCAUUGUGUGAAUUGUUUGCAUUUGAUAUCACUUCCCCAAUUACAUAUCAAAAGUUGUACAUUCUAACGUUAAUUCCUUAUUUACAAUGUUUGCUACUUUGGUUACAGUCAUUACUGUUAAUGCAUUCAAUAUUAUUAUUCGAGUCUUCCCGGUAUUAUUGUCGGAGUCGACACGUUGUUUGCAGACCGCACAACCUAUGCUAUACUUGAGAGAAACCAGUUUUGAUUUAUUUCAUUCCAUUUAUGAGUUUUGUCAUUUUAGUCAGUCUUUUGUUUGGAGCGCUCCUGUCAAUGUUGAGUAAGGACGCGCAUGCAUAGAAGUAGGCCAAUAGGCUACCUGGCUUGCGGGCAAAUGUGUGUGUAUAUAAAUGUGCCCAUUUUGGGAGAUAGUAUUUCUGAUUGGCUUAACACACCAUCACUAAUGACCUGUUGAUCUUCUCAAAGUAAUGUUUUCUUCACCUCAAACUGCAAGCAAACAAAGUCUGUUUUUACAUCCAUUGAGAAUUACAACAGUUACGCAUUUUGUAUUUGUAAAAUCUUUCCAGCGAUCUCCCUUUUUCAAUAACAGCAUAGUGUGAAAGGGAAAAAUGUAAUGCUCUGAUCCAGUGGAAUUGUAAAAAAUAGGCCUACCUGAUCACUUAUCAGUGCUUGACUUGGACUGAAACAGUUCCGGUACUCAUUUUGGGUGCUGGUACGGUUUAUAUUUUGGUGCAGAAACUCCACAAUACUUUGGAGCUAACAUUCUACAAGACAAACAGGAGCUUAAGCAGUAGAACAUUUGCAGUGCUGGUACUCAGCUCCAUUGAGCUCCUGCUCAAGUUUCUUAUCCCUUGUGCAAAUAGCCUACAGCUGUGUCUGUCCAGAGCUCAUUGGCACAAGAAACUUAGGGUCCAGAAUAUCUUAUAAAAUGUUGCAAGUUCGCUAGCACAAGUUUCGGGCCGGACCCAGUAAUGUUUCAAGUUUGUUGCAGACAGGCCAUUUGUAUGUAGCCAAUGUGAUUUAUAGGAUAUUUAAUUUUAUCAGGAUGUUUUCUACCUGCAGGUUGAAAGGUUUUUAUUUGUUGGCUUUGUUGGCAAUAGAAGUUACUUUUUAGGUUUGUACCAUUUUUCAUUUAGAUUUGGCUAGAAUUUUGAUUAACCAUUUGACAAUGAUUUUGAGAUAUGAAGACUUUCACAAAAAUGUGCAUAUGAAAACCAUAACUGGCACACAGAUCGGUAGAAAUGGUAAGAAAUUGUCAUUCCACAUGAAAGGUUGCGAACUCUUCUUGUAGCCUAUUACUGGUAACUUCAGGAGAGUAAUGGCAGAAUUGGAGAUAGCCAGCAGGAGCGGGAGGAGAAUAGUUGGGUCAGGUUACGUUUUUCCUUCUUCUGGUUAUCUAGAUCUCUGGCGCCCUCUUGAGGCAUUUGCCUUAUUUCAUCAAACCGUAAGCUUAAAGCAUCAGACAAGCUCAGUGCAUAUAGUUGAUUUUAUUAACACACAUUGGGUGUGUCUAUAAAUAGAAACAUACACGUUGAAACAUUUAGAUCAAAUGGAUUAGUUAAAAGAACAGAUGAAUUUCGGUCUACAGAUUAUAAUUUUUUGGUCAGAUAGCCCUAGUCUGAAUACUUUCCGGAUGUUGUAAAUCAUGACGAUUUGACGAAUAUCCACUUUGUUAGAUCAGAUUUGUUGAACGGUCCUCAUUCCAUUGACUCCUUUCCUGCAUCUAUAAUAUGCAGCUCUGAUCUAGGAGCAGGUUUCCCCUGUGUCCAUGCAAUAUCACACAUUGCGAUCUAAAUGGAUAAAUUGUAUAUAUUAUAUUGAUUAAAAGUCACCUUGUCAGAGCAAUUUACAUGUCUCGCCAGGGUAAGCCUACACGAAACAUAGCCCUUAUUUUAACUGUUUCUAAAAUCCCCUAUAGGGAAAAAUGUAAUGGUGGAAAAACUAUUGGAACCAUUUCCCUGCUUGACCACUAGGUUUUAGGGGUAUUAUGACACGUCCACGGUCUGGCUCUAUAGAGAGAAAUAGUGAUGGCAUCUUUUUAUAGGCACUAAUUUUGCCAUGGUUCUUUGGACAAAGCCAUGGGGAAAAUGUAUAAAAAUAAGGUCUGUGGGAAACUGAGCUGUUUUGUUCUGAGAGACUUCAUCAGCUAAUGUAACUUUUUGUGAAUUUAGAAAGCUUUUUUUUUAUUACAUAAAUCCAAGGUUUCAUAAUUCAUAAAGGUCAUUAAAACUUCUUAUGGCUUGGGGGCGCUAUUUUCACGUCUGGAUGAAAAGUGUGCCCAAAGUAAACUGCCUGCUACUCUGGCCCAGAAGCUAGGAUAUGCAUAUAAUUGGUAGAUUUGGAUAGAAACCACUCAAGUUUCUAAAACUGUUUGAAUAAAGUCUGUGAGUAUAACAGAACUGAUUUGGCAGGAGAAACCACCAGCACAAUCCAUCUAGCGAAAAAAAUGAGGUCAAUCUGUUUUCCAUUAAAUUUCUAGGGCAAGGCCGUUUUAAUAGAAAUAUGCUUGCAGUUCCUAUAGCUUCCACUAGAUGUCAACAGUCUUUAGAAAUUGGUUGAUGUUUUUCUUUAGAGAAAUUAAGAAGUAGCCCUGUUAUUUUCCUGUGUCACUCACUCCAGGCCAGUCCUCUUCUGGCUGUGCCGGGUGGAGAUUAUAACAGAACAUGGCCAAGAUGUUCAAAUCUUCAUAAUAAUAAUCACAGUGGUUGUCGAGGGUGCAACAGGUCAGCACCUCAGGAGUAAAUAUCAGUUGGCUUUUCAUAGCCGAUCAUUCAGUGUCUCUAGAGUUGAAAACAGCAGGUCUGGGACAGGUAGCACGUCCGGUGAACAGCUCAGGGUUCCAUAGCUGCAGGCAGAACAAUUGAAACUGGAGCAGCAGCACGACCAGGUGGACUGGGGACAGCAAGGAGUCAUCAGGCCAGGUAGUCCUGAGGCAUGGUCCUAGGGCUCAGGUCGAGAGAGAGAGUGAGAAUAAAUACACUUAAAUUCACACAGGACACCAGAUAAGACAGGAGAAAUACUCCAGAUAUAACAGACUGACCCUAGCCCCCCGACACAAACUACUGCAGCAUAAAUACUGGAGGCUGAGAUAGGAGGGGUCGGGAAACAGUGUGGCCCCAUCCGAUGAAACCCCCGGACAGGGCCAAACAGGCAGGAUAUAACCGCACCCACUUUGCCAAAGCACAGCCCCCACACCACUAGAGGGAUAUCUUCAACCAGCAACUUACCAUCCUGAGACAAGGCCGAGUAUAGCCCACAAAGAUCUCCGCCACGGCACAACCCAAGGGGGGGCGCCAACCCAGACAGGAAGAUCACAUCAGUGACUCAACCCACUCAAGUGGCGCACCCCUCCUGGGGACGACAUGGAAGAGCACCAGUAAGCCAGUGACUCAGCCCCUGUAACAGGGUUAGAGACAGAGAAUCCCAGUGGAGAGAGGGGAACCGGCCAGGCAGAGACAGCAAGGGUGGUUCGUUGCUCCAGUGCCUUUCCAUUCACCUUCACACCCCUGUGCCAGACUACACUCAAUCAUAGGACCUACUGAAGAGAUGAGUCUUCAAUAAAGACUAAAAAGUUGAGACCAAGUCUGCGUCUCUCACAUGGGUAGGCAGACCAUUCCAAAAAAAUGGAGAUCUAUAGGAGAAAGCCCUGCCUCCAGCUGUUUGCUUAGAAAUUCUAGGGACAGUUAGGAGGCCUGCGUCUUGUGACCGUAGCAACGUGUAGGUAUGUACGGCAGGACGAAAUCGGAAAGAUAGGUAGGAGCAAGCCCAUGUAAUGCUUUGUAGGUUAGCAGUAAAACCUUGAAAUCAUCCCUUGCCUUAACAGGAAGCCAGUGUAGAGGCUAGCACUGGAGUAAUAUGAUCACAUUUUUUGGUCCUAGUCAAGAUUCUAGCAGCCGUGUUUAGCACUAACUGAAGUUGUAUUUAGUGCUUUAUCCGGGUAGCCGGAAAGUAGAGCAUUGCAGUAGUCUAACCUAGAAGUGACAAAAGCAUGAGUUAAUUUUUCUGCAUCAUUUUUGGACAGAAACGUUUUGAUUUUUGCAAUGUUACGUAGAUGGACAAAAGCUGUCCUUGAAACAGUCUUGAUAUGUUCGUCAAAAGAGAGAUCAGGGUCCAGAGUAACGCCGAGGUCCUUCAGUUUAUUUGAGACGACUGUACAACCAUCAAGAUUAAUUGUCAGAUUCAACAGAAGAUCUCUUUGUUUCUUGGGACCUAGAACAAGCAUCUCUGUUUUGUCCGAGUUUAAAAGUUAAAAUUUGCAGCCAUCCACUUCCUUAUGUCUGAAACACAGGCUUCCAGAUUUUUAAUUGAAAUGUACAGCUGUGUCAUCUGCAUAGCAGUGAAAGUUAACAUUGUUUCCGAAUGACAUCACCAGGAGGUAAAAUAUAUAGUAAAAACAAUAGUGUUCCUAAAACGGAACCUUGAGGAACACCGAAAUUUACAGUUGAUUUGUCAGAAGACAAACCAUCCACAGAGACAAACUGAUAUCUUUCUGACAGAUAAGAUCUAAACCAGGCCAGAACUUGUCCGUGUAGAACAAUAUGGGUUUCCAAUCUCCAAAAAAAAGUGGUGAUCGAUGGUAUCAAAAGCAGAACUGAGGUCUAGGAGCACGAGGACAGAUGCAGAGCCUCGGUCUGACGCCAUUAAAAGGUAAUUUACCACCUUCACAAGUGCAGUCUCAGUGCUAUGAUGGGGUCUAAAACCAGACUGAAGCGUUUCGUAUACAUUGUUUGUCUUCUGGAAGGCAGUCUAACCUAAGCUGCGCAAAAGCUUUUUCAAAAAUUUUUGAGAGGAAUGGGUGAUUCAAUAUUGGCCGGUAGUUUUUAUUUUUCUGGGUCAAGGUUUGGCUUUUUCAAGAAAGACUUUAUUACUGCCACUUUUAGUGAGUUUGGUACACAUCUGGUGGAUAGAGAGUUGUUUUAUUAUGUUCAACAUAGGAGGGCCAAGCACAGGAACCAGCUCUUUCAGUAGUUUAGUUGGAAUAGGUAUGCAGUAUGCAGCUUGAAGGUUUAGAGGCCAUGAUUAUUUUCAUCAUUGUGUCAAGAGAUAUAGUACUAAAACACCUGAGUGUCUCCCCUGAUCCUAGGUCCUGGCAGAGUUGUGCAGACUCAGGACAACUGAGCUUUGGAGGAAUACACAGAUUUAAAGAGGAGUCUGUUAUUUGCUUUCUAAGGAUCAUGAUCUUUUCCUCAAAGAAGUUCAUGAAUUUAUUACUGCUGAAGUGAAAGCCAUCCUCACUUGGGGAAUGCUGCUUUUUAGUUAGUUUUGCGACAGUAUCAAAAAUACAUUUCGGAUUGUUCUUAUUUUCCUCAAUUAAAAUAAGAUGAUCGAGCAGCAGUGAGGGCUCUUCGAUACUGCACGGUACCGUCUUUCCAAGCUAGUCGGAAGACUUCCAGUUUGGUGUGGCGCCAUUUCCAAUACAAUUUUCUGGAAGCUUGCUUCAAAGCUCGGGUAUUUUCUGUAUACCAGGGAGCUAGUUUCUUAUGACAAAUGUUUUUCGUUUUUAGGGGUGCAACUGCAUCUAGGGUAUUGCGCAAGGUUAAAUUGAGUCCCUCAGUUAGGUUGUUAACUGUUAGAGCUGCCCUGCCCUAUAAGAAACACAAACAAAAUUUGAGUUUGCUAUUCACAAGAAGAAUUGCCUAAUGUGAACCAUGCCUUGAACAAAAUAGAUCUCAGAAGAGCUAAGAUUAAGAAUUGUUAACAUGCAUUACGCUGGAAAGUGUUAAAAAAGUAUAUUUUAAAAGCCUUGAUAUUCAUCAGUCCACUGUAAGACAAAUUGUCUAUAAAUGGAGAAAGAUCAGCACUGUUUCCACUCUCCCUAGGAGUGGCCGUCCUGCAAAGAUGACUGCAAGACCGCACGCAGCACAGAAUGCUCAAUGAGGUUAAGAAUAAUCCUAGAGUGUCAGCUAAAGACUUAUAGAAAUCUCUGGAACAUGCUAACAUCUCUGUUGACGAGUCAACGAUAUGUAAAACACUAAACAAGAAAGCCGUUUGUGGGAGGUCGCCAUGGAAGAAGCCACUGCUGUCCAAAUAAACCAUUGCUGCACAUCUAAAGUGCGCAAAAGAGCACCUGGAUGUUCCACAGUGCUACUGGCAAAAUAUUCUGUGGACAGCUUAAACUAAAGUUGAGUUGUUUGGAAGGAACACACAACAUUGUGUAGAGAAAAAAAAGGGACAGCACACCAACAUCAAACCCUCAUCCUAAUUAACUGCUACUCUCCGUUUAUCAUAUAUGCAUAGUCACUUUUAACCAUAUCUACAUGUACAUACUACCUCAAUCAGCCCGACUAACCGGUGCCUGUAUAUAUCCUCGCUACUGUUAUUUUUCACUGUCUUUUUACUGUUUUUAUAUCUUUACUUACCUGUUGUUCACCUAAUCCCUUUUUUAUCAUUAUAUAUUUUUUUUAAAUUCAGAAUUGCACUGUUGGUUAGAAUUUCACUGUUGUAUUUGGUGCACGUGACAAACUUUGAUUUGAUUUGGAGGGAGCAUCAUGAUUUGGGGCUGCUUUGCUGCCUCAGGGCCUGGACAGCUUGCUAUCAUCGACAGAAAACUUGGGAAUUAAUUUUAUCAAAACUGUAAUGCUCUGUCCGCCAAUUGAAGCUCAACAGAAGUUGGGUGAUGCAACAGGACAAUGACCCAAAACACAGAAGUAAAUCAACAACAGAAUGGCUUCAACAGAAGAAAAUACACCUUCUGGAGUGGCUCAGAGUUCUGACCUCAAUCCGAUUGAGAUGCUGUGGCAUGACCUUGAGCAGUUCACACCAGACAUCCCAAGAAUAUUGCUGAACUGAAACAGUUUUGUAAAGAGGAAUGGUCCAAAAUUCUUCCUGACCGUUGUGCGGGUCUGAUCCACAACUACGGAAAACAUUUGGUUGAGGUUAUUGCUGCCAAAGGAGGGUCAACCAGUUAUUAAAUCCAAGGGUUCACAUACUUUUCCCACCCUGCACUGUGAAUGGUCACACGGUGUGUUCAAUAAAGACAUGAAAACGUAUAA